AUGGCAGAGCAAUACGAAAAAUUGUGUGAUAUGAUGGCCACGAAAAGAGAUAUUGCGCAGGGCUUCCAAAAGCGACCGAAGGAAGAAGUACAGGAGUUUUGGGAGGAGGUUGCAAGGAAUUUAAAUGCAUUUGGCCCACCAACAAAAGAUUCCAAUACAUGGAGAAAGGUCUGGAUUGACUGGAAAUACUACAUGAAGCGAAAAUUAUCGCAUAACAAAAAAGAAAGGAUGAGCACCGGUGGAGGUCCUUGCCGUUUACAACGCAUAAGCCCACUUGAUGAAAAGGUGAUAGCUUUGACGGGUUUGGAAACGGAUGAUAUCCCUUCAACCAAGACGAAAAAAUUCAAUGAAGCUGCCUUUGGUAAAAUGGAAGAAGUUACUUCAUAUUUACGACACAUGAAUCGUUCUCUCGAAACUUUGGCGGAGACUGCAGUGAAGCAACCUGAAGAACAGAAGCGACACAAUAGAAUUAAAGAAGAGCUGGUGAAGGAAAAAGUAGAAAUAAAAAUGCAAAUGCUAAGAUUAGGUCCAAAUUAUAAGCCGGAUUCAAAGAAAAUAUUCGGUAUUCGCCACUUAAAAAUUUGUGGGGAAAUCCUCUCAAGCGACAAGUCAGGAAUAACAUCGUUCAUUCAUAAUUUGCGGGCAAAAAUGAAUGAAAUGGAAAUUUCGGACAUGCAGCUUUAUAACGCAGAUGAAUCUGGAUUAUUUUAUCGUUUCCUGCCCGAUAAAACAUUUGUCGCGGCAAACGAAAAGACGGCACCUGGCCGAAAAAUAGCAAAGGAUAGAAUCACAUUUAUGUUGUGUGCGAACGCAAAUGGUUCGCAUAAGUUGAAACCAUUGAUAAUUGGUAAAUCCGCAAACCCCCGUUGCUUCAAGGGGUUUGAAAACCCAUUGGAAUAUGCUAACUCGCAAAAGUCUUGGAAGAAUUCAGAGCUAUUCUUCCGCUGGUUCCAUCAUUCCUUUAUUAAGCAGGUUGGCCAAUUUUCUGCUGAAAAUAAUUUACCACCAAGGGCAUUGUUGCUGAUUGACAACUGUACUGCACAUAAGCCAACUGACAAGUUACAGUCAGAUGAUAGAAACAUUGCGGCAAUGCUUUUACCACCUAACGUGACAGCUGUUUUCCAGCCCAUGGAUCAAAAUCCCAUAAGACUGGUCAAGUUAGAAUACCGGGCUAAACUGUUAUGGAACAUUGUAGCACAAGAAAACAUUCCGGUUGAGAAUAUUUUGAAAGGACAUUCAAUUCGUGAUACCAUCUUGCUGCUUAAAUUAGCAUGGGAUGAAUAG